AUGGACACCCUGCCGCAGCGGCUCCAGCAGGCCGGAUACGCCACGCACCUCGUGGGGAAAUGGCACCUGGGCUUCUACAGGAAAGCGUGUCUACCCACCAGAAAAGGUUUUGACACUUUCUUUGGCUCCUUAACAGGAAGUGUGGAUUAUUACAGUUAUGGUUCCUGCGAUGGUCCCGGUUUGUGUGGAUACGAUCUCCACCACGACGAGGGCGUGGCGUGGGGCCAGGAGGGGAAAUACUCGACUACGCUGUUCACUCAGAGAGCUCGAAAGAUCCUGGAGAGCCACGACCCGACGAAGAGGCCGCUCUUCCUGCUACUUUCCCUGCAGGCGGUCCACACUCCCCUGCAGCCUCCCAAGUCCUACAUCUACCCGUACCGGGACAUGGCCAACGUGGCCAGGAGGAAGUUCGCCGCCAUGGUUUCCACGGUGGACGAGGCGGUGCGAAACGUGACGUACGCCCUGCGGAAACUGGGCUACUACCGGAACAGCGUGAUCGUCUACUCCACCGAUAACGGCGCCCAGCCCUUCACGGGCGGCAGCAACUGGCCCCUGCGCGGCCGCAAGGGCACCUACUGGGAGGGCGGCGUGCGCGGUGUGGCGUUCGUGCACAGUCCGCUGCUGAGGCGCCGGAGGAGGGUCUCCAGAGCUCUGCUGCACAUCACCGACUGGUUCCCCACGCUGGUGGGGCUGGCGGGGGGGAACAUAAGCCAGAGCCGCGGUCUGGACGGGUUCGACGUGUGGCCCACCCUCAGCGAGGGAAAGGAGUCGCCCCGGCAGGAGAUCCUGCACAACAUCGACCCGCUGCACAGAUCCCCCCCGGAAAAGGCCCCCGGCCCCCGGGCCAAAGCCCCCCCAGCGAGCUCCUCCGAAGACCCGAAAACCAAGAAGAAGAAGAAGAAGAAAAAGAAGAAAACUCUUAAACAGAAGCCCAAUAAGAAGUCCAGCUUCAAGCUGAAGAGCUCCAAAAAACCCGGCGUAUCCAAAACCGCCGCCAUCCGCGUGGGCGACUGGAAGCUGCUGACGGGGGACCCGGGCCACGGGGACUGGGUCCCCCUCCAGAUGCUCCCGACCCUCCCCGGCCGCUGGUGGAACCUGGAGCGCUCCCUGCUGCCCCCCCGCCCGGCCCCCGCCCCCAAAAACAUCUGGCUGUUCAACAUCUCUGCGGACCCGUUUGAGCGUCAGGAUCUGGCCAAUCGGAGGCCAGAUGUGGUCCAGCUGCUGCUGGCCCGCCUUUCCCACUACAACCGCACCGCCGUGCCCGUGUAUUUCCCCCCCGACGACCCCCGGGCCGACCCAAACCGGCACGGGGGGGCCUGGGGGCCCUGGGUGGGCGAGGAGGAGGAGGAGGAGGAGGGGAAGUACCGGGGCGUCUACAAGAAGGGGGGGAGGGCCGGGGUGAUGAAGAAUAAGAUGAAGAAGAAGAAGAAGAAGUGCAGACUCUGCAAGCUGAAGGCCUUCUUCCUGCAGCUCAACACCGGGAUGAUGUCCAGCCGCAUCUGA